AUGAAAUCAAAACGCGAAAACUUUGAAAUGAUUACACCCCCAAUGCAAUGUGCGUUGAAUAUUCCCCCUCUUUCCUCACGUCGUCUUGAAGUGGACAUCCGAUUCCUUUCAUCUCUUUUAGAUGACUCAAUCGACGCACCUGAUCAUGCCAGUAUUAACUACCAUCGUAUAUCUCCAGAAAUCAAACACCCUUCCUUGGUCCAUCUCAGUCCAAUUCUAAUCGUCAUAAGUCAUAACCACCCAGUCGUACCCUUAAUGAUGCCACUAUAA